AUGCCCAUUGAUGAUGCUGCUUCUGCCUCCAGCAUCGAGCCUGAUGGCGCCUUGAGACGUACCAACAGCAGCCUCAUCAACCUCCCUGGCAUGUCCGUCUUCACCAACAAGCUAGCACGUGUUUCGACCGGCGAUAGCACUCAGAGCAGCAUUGACGGCGAUUUCGAUCCCGACAUGUUCCCCGAAGUCAAGGCUCAGCCUACUCGCAAGCACUGGAAGCCCGAUGCCGAAUCUACUGUUUGUGAUGACCCGACUUGCAAGCGGACUUUUAGCUAUUUCACUCGACGUCACCACUGCCGAAAGUGCGGUCACAUUUUCUGCGACUCUCAUUCCACCUUUGCCGCUCCUCUCGAUCAUGAUGCCAAGUUCAAUCCUCGCGCUCCCCUUUUCCGAACCUGUCGUCACUGCUGUGAAGAGUUCAAGAGUUGGUAUACACGUAAUAGCAGCCGUGCUUCGAGUGCCGCCUCUUCGGAUGCGCCCAACCCUACCCCCUCAACUCCUAUCGGUACCGGUUUUGGAGACGCCUCCGAACUGCCUCGUGGCCCUGAACUCGCUGCCAGUGUGCCUAGGGAUUGGAACUGGAGCACUUUCUGA